ACUCCGCUAAAGUCAAUGUCAGGAGCUGGAUAGAUUUGUAGACUCAUUUCAUUAUUAAUUACAAUGGAAAUUUUAGUAAACGAAUCAAAAGUAGUGAAAUUCCUACGGAAGAAGGUGGAGCCGCAGCAGUUGCGCCAAAUAAUAAUGCACUUUAGGAAUCAGACCAAGGAUGCGAACAAGUGGGAAACGACGCUGAGGCAGCUCAUUAAUGUCUUAAAGACAGCCACGAAGUCUGGUGUCAUACAGGAGGUGAAUACAUUUUACUUUGCCAACACCCAUGUCGAAGAUGUUCAAAAGAUUAUGAUGGCUGAAGAUGAUUGGUUCAUUCCCAGUGAUACUUCUUUGGGCAGCACAGGUGUCUACAGACACGGCAGCCACUAAGAGUCCGGAUUCAUCAACGAAUUCAGAGUCCACCUAACAUUGUCCAACCGCAGUGGGAUGCAGAUGUGUUGUAAAUAUGGAAAUGAUGUCCUGUGGACGAUAUUUGGUCUAUUCUUAAGUGUUUCCACAUGUCAUUUAAAUUAAAUGUUCUAAAUGUUCUGGUAGAUCAACUGGUCGUGGUAA